CGUUUUCUAUUCUAAACAAUACACCUUCAGUUACUAUAAAUACUAGUCUCAACUCUGCUCAUAAACCACACAAGCAACCAACAUUUUCUUAUUCUCCAAAUACAUAGCAGUGUCAUUCUCCUCUUUUAUUCUAUCAUGGGUGUUUUCACUUUCCAGGAUGAGACUACCUCCACUGUAGCCCCAGCUAGGCUUUACAAAGCUCUCACCAUAGAUGGUGAUUCCAUCAUCCCAAAGGUUAUUCCAGACUUCAAGAGUGUUGAAAUUGUUGAAGGAGAUGGUGGUGUUGGAACCAUCAAGAAGCUCACAUUCGUAGAAGGUGGGGAAACCAAGAACCUGUUGCACAAAAUUGAAUCAAUUGAUGAGGCCAAUUUUGGAUACCACUACAGCAUUGUUGGAGGUUCUGAGCUUCCAGACACAGUAGAGAAGAUCUCAUUCGAGGCCAUGUUGGUUGCAGGGUCUGAUGGAGGUUCCAUUGCAAAGCUCACAGUGAACUACCACACCAAAGGUGAUGCUAGUCCCUCUGAAGAGGAGAUCAAGGCAGGCAAAGCCAAGGGUGAUGGUCUUUUCAAGGCGAUUGAGGGUUACGUUUUGGCCAACCCUGACUACAACUAAUUAAGCAGUGCUGACUUACAUCUUGUGUGAUUCAGUGUGUUCAAUUUGGUUGCCAAUGUAAUUCUCUUUUUCUUUUCUUUGCUUUUGCUGCGGAGUUGUGAAAUUUCAUCUAAUGAGUGUUGUAUCUCCUUGACUCCUUCAUCAAUGAAUAAAAGGAAAAUGCUCUGUUUUACUAAGAGGAAAGAAA